AUUUUGAAGGUCAAAGAAAGGCAAAGCAUUGUCCAUGCAUGUGGCCGGUUGCAAUACAAAAGGUCAUGCCUUAAUGGGUUUUCAGUGUGGUUGGCCACAAAGUAUAAAGCCCUACCUCUGUGUGCCUGUCUUCGCAUCCUUCUAUCGUUCCUCGACGUGCUAUUCGGACGUCACCCCAACUGAAAUUCUACUCCUCUACUCUUCCUCACUCUCGUCUCCUCAUGGCACCAUCUGUCCCUCUGCACGAACUGGCUUCUCAUCUAAACUGGGCUCCCACCUCUCCACCAACGAUUGGACGACGGGCGAACAUUUAUGACCUCUCAAGUGAUUUGCUCUCCAGGAUCCGGGACUCUAUACCUGAAUCUCACUUGUUUACUCACCUGGCUUUCUCUGCUACUUGUGCAACUAUCCGAGCUCUCUAUGAUGAUAACAAACUUUGGUUCCGUAUCUGUCGCGCAUAUGGCCUCGGUAUCAAUAACGCCUGUCCUUUGGGUCAUCUGAUGUGGAGAGAGCUAGCAGUACAACAUGCUAACCAUGCCGCCAAUUGCUCGAAUGAACGUAACUGUAUCCACUUCCUGAGCUACAAGUUCGUUCCUGCUGAAUUGUACAACCCAUUUUUGCCUCCACUUCUUUUUACCUGGGGUCUUUCGCUGUGCCACAGCCGGACAGCUGAAGACAAUCUUCCACUCACUGCGGAGCAGGUCCAAGAAUACGCUGUCCCUUCGCAUGCUUUCCGAGCCAUAGUGGCAUUCGAUUUUUCCGGACCUACGUUGUAUAAUGCUAACACGGAAAGUAUACUUUUGCCCAACUUAGGGACAUGUUUGGCAGAGCACAUUCCAGCUUCACGCAUGCUAGCCACGGAUCCUCCUAUGAACGAAAUCAAAAUCGAGUCGUUCUCGAUGUACCAUACCGUCACCAACGAAGGGGGCGUACUUGUGUGUGACGUUCUCAACGCGGUUCAGACGAUGAUGAUCGCAAACCAAAUUGACCUCAAAUAUUUUGUUUAUCUGUAUGACUGCUAUGGCGGGUUUCCAGCCGAAUUGCAGAGGUUGUCAGGCCUUUGUACGAAAUCUCUGGCAGAUUUAGGACGCUGGCUGCAUGCUGAAUCAGCCAAACUUCGCGAGCAUGGAGACGCGAAAUGGGAACGUAUGGAUGCGCUUAUCAGGAGUCUUGGCUGGAUCGACACCGUUCUCGAACAAACUUCUAUCGUAGAUGGAUUGAUGUUCUUCUACAGCGAUUUUGGAGCAAUUGACGCCCCUUCCCCUCCGCUCAUACGCGUGCUCAAGGAUUAUUCAUAUGUCUUUCAAUCAUUCCUAGGGUUCGACAGCGAAGAGGAAUAUAUGAAGUAUUGGAAUAUCGCACCUUUCCUCAAAAACGCGUUCUUUGGAGGAUUGAGGCAAAAGAUGCAUGGUUCGAACGUCUUCGAAGCCAUCUGGCAUUUUCCAAAUGAGCACAAUGGUUACGAUCUUUUGCAUCGCCUGCUGUCAUAACCAAGUUUUGACUCAGGCUUCCACUACGAUCGUUGUGAGUAAGUAUGACCCUAGUUCUCCAAGUUCACAUCCAUUCUAUAUGUGUUCUUUUUAACUUUAGUUCACCAUGUUGAUUAAUCUCG